AUGAUACGCAAAGGAAAAGAGACGAGUGCCUCCGUGUGCUUGGCUGCCGCAGUGAUUCUUACGUGUUGUUUGGUGCAAACGAUAGAUUGUUACCGAUUGAGGAAAACCGAGAGAAGAGAAGGACGAAAAGAAGCUGAUGCAACCAAAGAAACUGCCUUUCAAGGGGGGAGAAUCGUUUUCGGGAGAAGUUUUGAGGAAGCAUCCGGCCUUGACCCACAGGUGAUCCAAGGGACCAAGAAAUCUUCGUCAAACUCCUCCACAGAGGAUGAUGCUGCCUAUCAAGCUGACUUUGCAGGUAAAGUCUUGAGUUCUCCCUAUAAAUUCAUCUAAGUGUUUGUUUGGUUUAAAUUGCAUAUUAUAUUAAUGUGCGCAUUGCUUCUUCUUAGGGUGGUCAAAGGGAUACAUGCAAGAUACUGGCAGCAAAGAAGCAUUAUGGAAGCGCAUGGCGCCGUCCCUGCAGUGUGGUGGGGACCAGUUGAAGUUCAGAGCUGUGGGACCAGGUGUCUCACAAUUUACAGUGGAACGCGGUAAUGAGCCUAAUAAAUUAUUUGUUUUUUUUUAAUUUUCUAAUCACUUCCUAGUAUCACCUGUUCAAUGUUGGCACUCACUGAGAAUUUCUCCACCCAGGGAAUGCACCACCAAUGCCUUUGUCGCAGGUCCCGUCCACCUGUGGCUACAACAUGCAGAGGAACCCUUUUGCACUAGAUAUGUCUGUCCCCUAUGAUGGCUGCAACAUGGUUCAAGAGGUAAUGUUUCCUGAAAUGUAAUAUAAUCUUGCUCUAGUCAUACUGGAGUGAAGAGAGGUGGUAACUUAAAAAUCUGGCAAAGUUAAAUGUUUGGGCUUGGAUAUAAAACUAAGUGUUUAAGACACGAGAGAGCGUAUGCAUUUGUCAUUGCCAUUGUCGCCAGCUCAUUGUUUUUAAACUGAUAGUGUAUUGCUUGGUUUUGUCAUGCUAUAACACAUUGGUCAACAAUUGAAAAUUGGUUUCUAAUUUGCUUUCUCUUUGCUUCAAAGGGUGGGAAUUAUGUGCUCCCAAUGCGUUGGCAGGGAAUUCCUGUUUCUCUCUGGUGUCCCAAAUCUGCAGCUCCUGCACCUCAGACACCUCUUCAUCCUUCAUAUCAGCAAAUGCCCCAGAUGCCUGUCUUUCCACAAUAUGGCAUGCAUCCAUAUUCCUCACAUCCCAAAGCUCUUCCAUCCUAUUACUAUCCACAGUAUCCUCAGGUUCCACAGUAUCCUCAGCACCCUCAGGUUCCACAGCAUCCCCAGGUUCCACAGGUUCCACAGAAUCCUCAGCACCCUCAGGUUCCUCAGAAUCCUCAGCACCCUCAGAAUCCUCAGCACCCUCAGGUUCCUCAGGUUCCUCAGGUUCCUCAGGUUCCUCAGAAUCCUCAGGUUCCUCAGGUUCCUCAGAAUCCUCAGGUUCCUCAGAAUCCUCAGGUUCCUCAGAAUCCUCAGGUUCCUCAGCACCCUCAGGUUCCUCAGCACCCUUCAAAGGGGGUCACCACCACCACCACCACAACCACUCCAGCAAAACCACAUCAGCCCCCAAUGUAUCCUUAUCCUUUCUACCCGAUGUACUACCCUCCCUUCCAGUUGCCUACAACAACCGCCGCACCCAAAACUCAAUCCUCCACCACACCCACAACGACUCAAUCUACAACUACCCAAGCUGCAACCACUCAGUCAACUACAACCAAAGAAGCUGCCAAACAGCCACCACAGUUUCCACCAUUUUUUCCUAUCUAUCCUCCUUUCUACCCUCCUUUUGUCCCUCCCUAUCCCCAGUAUCCAACUCCUAAAACUACUACGACAACACCUACCACUACUACAACCACCACCACCAAAGCUCCUACCACAGAUGCCCCGAAAACUCCAUCACCUGCAGGCCUGCCACCAAAUUUCUAUCCUCCUGUCCCUGGACCUCCCUUUCCAUUCCUACCCUUCCCACCCAACUUCCCUCUAUUUUACCCUCGCCCUCCAGUUUAA